AUGUGUUUAAAGUCACACAUUGAAUUUAUUGUGAGUUGCUAAGGAAACAGGCGGUGUUUAUUUACGCGUCACGGCUUUAAAACAAUUCGUAAAAAUGUCGAUUUUCGUGAAAAAAAUUGACUGGUCUCAAACUCAAGCAGAAAUACUUUUGAAAAUUUCAAUUACCGGAAAGAAGAUAUCAAUUGAUGAUGUGGUUUUAGAUGAUAAAUUUCUGAAAAUAAGUGUUCACCCAUAUUUUUAUGAACUGUUCUUCGAACAUCCGAUUUGCGUUGAGCAAAGCUCCUGUAAGAUCUUGGAGUCAAACAUAAAAUUUCGUUUGAAAAAAGAGGCUGAAGAGUGGUGGUCUAGCCUUGGGAAAACUGCAAAAUCAGCCACCAAUCUGAGUAGUAAUGAUGCAACCAUACCGAACGAAAGAAAAAGAGAGAUCUUGGGUGAAUACGAAAAACGUGUACAGGAACGGCAUACACUCAAGCACAAGGAAACGUCAAACUUGAAAAGGAAUGUGAUCGAACGGGAGAUUGAACGAGAAAGUCGGAUUCGACAACGAAUUGAUGAAACAGAAUCAGCUUUGAACACCAUCCAACUUUCGAAGAGUGAAGAUUCUGAUGAGCCGAUUGAACGCACAUCUGUGCCCGAUCUGCGUCAAAUUUCCAAACAAUCUGUAAGACAUGAUUUACCCCCGAUUCGUUCAUGUGGUAAAAUCAAUGUGAACCUCAGCUCUAGAGAGUUUGUGACGCCAAUUCGGGAGUCUCGUUUACACGCUGAACGAGAAUGGUGUGCAAAGCAACAUGAAAUUAUGGUGAAUCGCAUAGGAUUCAGCGAUGAGGAUCUAAAUUCAGAUGAACGAGACGUAUUUUGGGUGCUCAAAAAGGGACAUGACUUUUUGGAAAAGAAAAACUAUUUAGCGGCCGUAUCUGCAUUCACUUUUGGAUUGAGAAUGUCGAAUAAUUUGCCCGAAUUAUUUUUCGGUCGAGCAAGGGCGCAGUAUGCUCUUCACAAUUAUAAACGUUGCGCUGAAGACUGUUCCGAUGCCCUCGAAAAGUACAAACCGGCAGUUCAAGAAAAUUUAUUGAGCCGCAUCCACUCCUUCUGGUUGCGAGGUAAAUCCUUGAUAGCAUUGGGGCUUAAAGAGCAUGGCGAACGUGAAAUUCAAAUGGCAGUACAACUUGAUCCGUCCAAAUUCGAAGAGAAUGAAAGCCGUUUCAUGGUUGAUACGUAAAAAAUGGAAGAUAUUUUCAUUUAAGAUUCCUACAGAGAUGUUAAAAUUUAUUUCAACAUAAAAAUAAAACAUCUCAAAAUUAUUAUUGCGGAUACAACUGUUUUAUUUCAUUAUCAUCAUUCCUGGAGAUCAUAUCAA